AUGUUUGUGGUAGUGGCGUGGCGCGGAACCUACUCCGACGUUGCACACACAAUGCAUCUCAUCUCCAUCCGGCACGCCCGAUCAAUACGACGUCGCAUGUAUUUAUUAGAAGAUGACGACGGUAAUGGUGAUAAUAAUGAUGAUGAUGAUAAUAAUGAUGAUGAUGAUAAUAAUGAUGAUGAUGAUAAUAAUGAUGAUGAUGAUAAUAAUGAUGAUGAUGAUAAUGGCAGUAUGCGACUAAGCGCUGACGCCGUCGACGUUGGCAAUUACUUCCAUGCCACGGCCCCAUGUCCAAUACGGCAAGGAUAG